AUGAGUGCAACUGCUGUUUCAUCAACAACUUCAACUGUAGCCAAGUUUAUUAAGAAUCCAAAUCCAUUCCCAACUUACUUUUUCAGUCAUGGAGGUCCUACAUUUAUGUAUGAAAAUGAUGAUUUUGGAAAUAAAGGUGCUUAUAAUAUGAUUAAAAAAUUAGGUACAACUAUUAAAACCAAAUGGAAACCAGAUUAUAUCAUUGUGGUAUCAGCUCAUUGGCAAGCUUCCCAAUCUGAUCUUAUUGAAAUCUCCGUUCCUGAAGAAAAAGAUCAGAAUAUUAAUCAAUUAAUUUAUGAUUUUUAUGGAUUCCCUGAUUAUAUGUAUAAAGAGAAAUUUCCAACAUUGAAUUCGAAGUAUGUUAGUGAACAAAUCAAAAACGAGUUGAUUGCUAAUGGAAUAAAAAGUAAAUUGACUAAACGUGGUGGUAUCGAUCAUGGAGUUUGGGUUCCAUUUAAAGUUGCUUUUAGCCCAUAUAAUUUGUUAACUAAAACAUUUCAAAAAGCAGAAGAUUUCGACGAAGAUGCAUUGGAUUUACCUGAUACUGCUAUUAUUCAAGUUUCAUUACCUGCAGAUGAUCAUGACUUUGAAGCUAGUUAUAAAUUAGGUCAAGUGUUGAGUAAAUUUUCUGAUCAAUUAUUAUAUGAUUCUGAGAAGGAUAAAUAUUUAACUGGUUUGAUUGUUACUUCAGGUAUGUCAGUUCAUAAUCUACGCGACUUAGGGAAAUCAUUCAAUCAACCAGGUCAAACCAUGCCAUAUGCCAAACCAUUCAAUCAAUUAUUAACCAAGACUUUAACUAAUUCCUCAACGGAUUUAUUAACUGCUUUAAAUCAUUUAAAAACAGAUGCUAAAGCUAGACAAUUAUUAUUCUCAUCUCAUCCAACAUUAGAACAUUUCGUACCUGUAGUUGUUGCUAGUGGUGUUAAUGAUAAUAAACAACCAAUUAAAGAAUUGUAUAAUGAUGAAAUGCUUAGUUUAGGAUGGGGAGUUUAUCAAUUUGGUAAUGAUUAUGUAAAGAGUAAUAUUUGA